UUACAAAAAAGAAUCAGAACUCUAAAUUCCAAACUACUUAACCCCUUCUACUCUAACUCCCUUGCUUUCAUUCACUGAAAAAAGAAAAAAAAUGGAUCUUCAAGAGUGGGAACUUCUUUCUGAUAAUGGACUUGUUGAAGUACUCCAUGAUGAUAGAGACAAGUUUUUGUCUAGGGAUUAUGCUUCUGAUUCCAAGAGAGUGCCAAAUCAAGUAGUAAUUCCAAUACUAAUUCAGCAAGAACCAAGUAUAGAAAAGCCUCAAGAAGAUGAAGAGGUUAUUAAAGAAGUUAUCACUAAGGUUCCAGUUGAGGAAGCAACUCUGGUGCAACAAGAUGAGGAAGAUAAAGUGUCACAAGUUUUCUUCAAGAAAAUGAAAGAAAGUGAAUUUGAAAACAUGAAGUUGGAUUCACCAAAGUUGAGUAACAAGACUACUACUGUGUCACAAAUUGAUUCAAUGAAUUUCCCCUAUGAGGAUAAAGUUGAAACCUUGGAAGUUGAAAAAGGAAGUGUGAUCAAGAAAAGGGAUGUCAAUGAAGAGAAAAAUAAUGGUGGAAUUAAUCUAUGGAACUGGAGAUUGACUGGAGUUGGUGCUAUUUGUUCCUUUGGGAUUGCAGCAGUUGCUGCUGCUGUUACAAUUUGUAUCUUCAUUGGAAAUCACAAAAAACAGAAACAACGUAAGCUUAAGUUCCAACUUUCUGAUGACAAGAAAAUCAAGCAAGUGGUUCAGCAGCCUGCAACAAAACUGAAUGAAGCAAUAUGUGGAGUUAGAGGAUCAGUUCCUUCAACCAAGAAACGCAUCACAGACGUUGAGGGAUUACUUUUACGCUCUUUAGAACACAUUCAAGACUGUUUAUCAGUCUCUUGAAGCAAUGAUGGAUCAAACAACAGGUUUGCAGGUUCAACAGAAAUCAGGACUGCCUCGAUAAAAUGAUAAAUAAGUGUAGGUGAAUUUAGAUCUCAACUUAGAAGUCACAACGUCUAAAUUGUAGAUCAUAGUAUCUAGACAUAGAAUCACCAUACAUGUUUGUGUGUAUAUAUGUUGGAAUUCAAAUACCUAUGAGUUUGUACUAAACUGGAGUUUGGUUCAGAGAUAUACACAACUAUUUGAAUA